GGGCGGCGAGCGGCGGGCGGCGGUACCGUGCUAUUCCAGUCGUGCGCUGGUGCCGCGAGCGGAGGGUGGGGUGUGCUGGACCGCGCGACGCUGACUUUGCCGCCGUCGCCGCCGGUUUUGAGUGCACGAACCAUCACAUUCCAUCGGAGCUGGUCCGCCAACCAGACUCGGCGACAGUCAAGUGCCCGUCAUAGCACGAAUGGUCUGAAGGGGACUGUGAUCGCCCCUCACCCGACAGAGCCGCUGAGCUCCGCAGCUCACACAGCUCCACGACAGAGCAGUGACCAGCUCGUGAGCCAGCCGGAGCUGAGCUGCCCAAGCCUCGGCGGCUUCGGGCCCAGCCAUGAAGUGUUUCGGAGCCAAAAAUAACACCUAUCACUGCAAAAUAAUCCUACUGGACGAUCAGGAGCUCAUACAGGAGAUACAGGACACGACGCUCGGCCAGGAGCUGCUGGAUAAUGUGUUUCGUCACCUGAACCUGCUGGAGACGGCCUACUUCGGCCUGCGGUUCCUCCACUCCUCCAACCAGCCGUACUGGCUGGAUCCACAAAAGAAGGUCGUCAGGCAGCUUAAAGAUACUGACCCGUUCACACUGUACUUCUGUGUCAAGUUUUACGCAGCGGAUCCCUGCCGAUUGUUGGAAGAAAUCACCAGGUACCAGUUUUUCCUGCAAAUUAAGCAGGAUAUCCUGGAAGGCCGUCUGCCGGUCACCCCGGAGCUGUCGGCUGAACUGGGUGCGCUCGUCAUACAGUCGGAGCUGGGCGACUAUGACCCGAAGCGGCACACGGAUGGCUAUGUGGGCGAGUUCCGGCUCUUCCCCAACAUGACACCAACACUGGAGGAGAAUAUCGUCGAGUACCACAAGACUCUCGUUGGGCGAGUGCCUUCAGUGGUGGAAUUCAACUACCUAGAGAAGGUCCGGUGGCUGGAGAUGUACGGCGUCGACCUGCACCCGGUGCUGGGCGAGGAUCAUACGGAAUACUUCAUUGGCCUGACCCCCGCUGGGGUCAUCGUUCUCAGGGGCAAGGUCAAAGUCAGCAACUAUUUCUGGCCGAGGAUAUCAAAGGUGCACUUCAAAGGGAAAUACUUCAUGCUCCGUGUACGAGAUAAAAAC